UCCACCACAUUCCCUCACUUUCCAAUUCCGUCCACUGGGAGAAUAAGCCUAUCUUGACCUGGGGACACCAGUUUUUUCUUUUCUCCUCCCCCGCCCCACCUGAUUCUCACACUCAACCCUGCUGGCCGCAACAAUGGGCACCUGAUUCAAGUUAGGCAGCUCACAAGGCUCCACAGCCCAACCACCGUCACUGGUUCACGGGAGAAGCCUGGGACCAACCAGGGUCAUUCAUAUUGGAGUGAAGAAUGCCGCAGUCUGUUUGAAGAUGGAGCUGGGGUCCAUGCUGGGGUCCACUCAGCCUUGCGCUCUGUUCUGCGGCGGCUGUUCCUUUGAUGAGCACUACAGCAACUGUGGUUAUAGCGUGGCCCUGGGGACCAAUGGGUUCACCUGGGAGCAGAUUAACACAUGGGAGAAGCCUAUGCUGGACCCAGCAGUGCCCACAGGAUCCUUCAUGAUGGUGAACAGCUCUGGGAGAGCCUCUGGCCAGAAGGCCCACCUUCUCCUGCCCACCUUGAAGGAGAACGACACCCACUGCAUCGAUUUCCAUUACUACUUCUCCAGCCGGGACAGAUCCAGCCCAGGGGCCCUGAACGUCUACGUGAAGGUGAACGGCGGGCCUCAGGGGAACCCCGUCUGGAACGUGUCCGGGGUCGUCACCGAGGGCUGGGUGAAGGCAGAGCUCGCCAUCAGCACCUUCUGGCCGCAUUUCUAUCAGGUGAUAUUUGAAUCUGUCUCUCUGAAGGGUCAUCCUGGCUACAUCGCUGUGGACGAGGUCCGGGUCCUCGCUCAUCCGUGCAGAAAAGCACCGCAUUUUCUACGCCUGCAAAAUGUCGAGGUGAAUGUGGGGCAGAACGCAACGUUUCAGUGCAUUGCUGGCGGGAAGUGGUCUCAGCAUGACAAACUUUGGCUCCAGCAAUGGAAUGGCAGAGACACGGCCCUCAUGGUCACUCGUGUGGUCAACCACAGACGCUUCUCGGCCACCGUGAGUGUGGCGGACACCGCCCAGCGCAGCGUCAGCAAGUACCGCUGUGUGAUCCGCUCGGAUGGGGGGUCCGGUGUGUCCAACUACGCAGAGCUGAUUGUGAAAGAGCCUCCCACGCCCAUUGCCCCCCCGGAGCUGCUGGCCGUGGGGGCCACCUACCUGUGGAUCAAGCCCAAUGCCAACUCCAUCAUCGGAGACGGCCCCAUCAUCCUGAAGGAGGUGGAAUACCGCACUACCACUGGCACCUGGGCUGAGACCCACAUCGUCGACUCUCCCAACUACAAGCUGUGGCACCUGGACCCUGACGUGGAGUACGAGAUCCGUGUGCUGCUCACCCGACCGGGCGAGGGGGGCACGGGGCCACCAGGGCCUCCCCUCACCACCAGGACCAAGUGUGCUGACCCAGUGCAUGGGCCGCAGAAUGUGGAGAUUGUGGACAUCCGAGCCCGGCAGCUGACCCUGCAGUGGGAGCCCUUUGGCUAUGCAGUGACCCGUUGCCAUAGCUACAACCUCACGGUGCAGUACCAGUACGUGUUCAACCAGCAGCAGUAUGAGGCCGAGGAGGUCAUCCAGACCUCUUCCCACUACACCCUGCGGGGCCUGCGCCCGUUCAUGACCAUCCGUCUGCGGCUCCUGCUGUCCAACCCUGAGGGCCGGAUGGAGAGCGAGGAACUGGUGGUGCAGACCGAGGAGGACGUGCCAGGAGCUGUUCCUCUGGAAUCCAUCCAAGGAGGGCCUUUCGAGGAGAAGAUGUACAUUCAGUGGAAACCUCCCAAUGAGACCAACGGGGUCAUCACACUGUACGAGAUCAACUACAAGGCUGUUGGCUCACUGGACCCAAGUGCGGAUCUAUCCAGCCAGAGGGGGAAGGUGUUCAAGCUCCGAAAUGAAACCCACCACCUCUUUGUGGGUCUGUAUCCGGGGACCACCUACUCCUUCACCAUCAAGGCCAGCACAGCCAAGGGCUUUGGGCCCCCAGUUACCACUCGGAUCGCCACUAAAAUUUCAGCUCCAUCGAUGCCCGAGUACGACACAGACACUCCACUGAAUGAAACUGACACCACCAUCACGGUGAUGCUGAAGCCGGCCCAGUCCCGCGGAGCCCCUGUCAGUGUUUAUCAACUGGUUGUCAAGGAGGAGCGACUUCAGAAGUCACGGAGAGCAGCUGACAUCGUUGAGUGCUUUUCUGUCCCAGUGAGCUACAGGAAUGCCUCCAGCCUUGAUUCUCUGCACUACUUUGCUGCUGAAUUGAAGCCUGCCAACUUGCCCGUCACUCAGCCAUUUACAGUAGGUGACAACAAGACAUAUAAUGGCUACUGGAACCCUCCUCUCUCCCCACUAAAAAGCUACAGCAUCUACUUCCAGGCUCUCAGCAAAGCAAAUGGAGAGACCAAAAUCAACUGUGUUCGUCUGGCUACGAAAGGUGCCUCCACCCAGAAUUCUAACACCGUGGAGCCAGAAAAGCAGGUGGACAACACUGUGAAGAUGGCUGGUGUGAUCGCUGGCCUCCUCAUGUUCAUCAUCAUUCUCCUAGGUGUGAUGCUUACCAUCAAGAGGAGAAGAAAUGCUUAUUCCUACUCCUAUUACUUGAAGCUGGCCAAGAAGCAGAAAGAGACACAGAGUGGAGCCCAGAGGGAGAUGGGGCCCGUGGCCUCGGCUGACAAACCCACCGCCAAGCUCAGCACCAGCCGCAAGGACGAAGGCUUCUCUUCUAGUUCCCAGGACGUAAAUGGAUUCACAGAUGGCAGCCGCGGGGAGCUCUCCCAGCCCACCCUCACGAUCCAGACUCACCCUUACCGCACCUGCGACCCCGUGGAGAUGAGCUACCCCCGGGACCAGUUCCAGCCCGCCAUCCGGGUGGCCGACCUGCUGCAGCACAUCACGCAGAUGAAGAGAGGCCAGGGCUACGGGUUCAAAGAGGAAUACGAGGCCUUGCCAGAGGGGCAGACAGCUUCGUGGGACACAGCCAAGGAGGAUGAAAACCGCAAUAAGAAUCGAUACGGGAACAUCAUAUCCUAUGACCAUUCCCGGGUGAGGCUGCUGGUGCUGGAUGGAGACCCACAUUCUGACUACAUCAAUGCCAACUACAUUGAUGGGUAUCAUCGACCUCGACACUACAUUGCAACUCAAGGUCCCAUGCAGGAGACAGUAAAGGAUUUUUGGAGAAUGAUCUGGCAGGAGAACUCCGCCAGCAUCGUCAUGGUCACGAACCUCGUGGAAGUGGGCAGGCGCCCAGCGGGACACACUGUGGGAAACGCCACUCUAGGCCGUGCGGCGUCCCCCGGAAUGGUGAAGUGUGUGCGGUACUGGCCGGAUGACACGGAGGUCUAUGGAGAUAUUAAAGUCACCUUGAUCGAAACAGAGCCCCUGGCGGAGUACAUCAUCCGCACCUUCACGGUGCAGAAGAAAGGCUACCAUGAGAUCCGGGAGCUCCGCCUCUUCCACUUCACCAGCUGGCCUGACCACGGCGUCCCCUGCUAUGCCACUGGCCUCUUGGGCUUCGUCCGCCAGGUCAAGUUCCUCAACCCCCCAGAAGCUGGGCCCAUAGUGGUCCACUGCAGUGCUGGAGCCGGGAGGACCGGCUGCUUUAUCGCCAUUGACACCAUGCUUGACAUGGCGGAGAACGAAGGAGUGGUGGACAUCUUCAACUGCGUGCGUGAGCUCCGGGCCCAGAGGGUCAACCUGGUACAGACAGAGGAGCAGUAUGUGUUUGUGCAUGACGCCAUCCUGGAAGCGUGCCUCUGCGGCAAUACCGCCAUCCCCGUGUGCGAGUUCCGCUCACUCUACUACAACAUCAGCAGGCUGGACCCCCAGACGAACUCCAGCCAAAUCAAAGAUGAAUUUCAGACCCUCAACAUCGUGACGCCCCGUGUCCGGCCCGAGGACUGCAGCAUCGGACUCCUGCCCCGGAACCAUGAUAAGAACCGCAGCAUGGACGUCCUGCCUCUGGACCGCUGCCUGCCCUUCCUCAUCUCAGUGGAUGGAGAAUCCAGCAACUAUAUCAACGCAGCACUGAUGGAUAGCCACAAGCAGCCCGCCGCCUUCGUGGUCACCCAGCACCCUUUACCCAACACUGUGGCAGACUUCUGGAGGCUGGUGUUCGAUUAUAACUGCUCCUCCGUGGUGAUGCUGAAUGAGAUGGACACUGCCCAGCUCUGCAUGCAGUACUGGCCUGAGAAGACAUCUGGGUGCUACGGGCCCAUCCAGGUGGAGUUCGUCUCUGCAGACAUUGACGAGGACAUCAUCCACAGAAUAUUCCGGAUCUGUAACAUGGCUCGGCCACAGGAUGGGUAUCGUAUAGUCCAGCACCUGCAGUACAUCGGCUGGCCUGCCUACAGAGACACGCCUCCCUCCAAGCGCUCUCUACUCAAAGUGGUCCGACGGCUGGAGAAGUGGCAGGAGCAGUAUGAUGGGAGGGAGGGACGCACUGUGGUCCACUGCCUAAAUGGGGGAGGCCGCAGUGGAACCUUCUGUGCUAUCUGCAGCGUGUGUGAGAUGAUCCAGCAGCAAAACAUCAUCGAUGUGUUCCACAUUGUGAAAACAUUGCGCAACAACAAAUCCAACAUGGUGGAGACCCUGGAACAGUAUAAAUUUGUAUACGAGGUGGCACUGGAAUAUUUAAGCUCCUUCUAGCCCAGUGAGACGGAGAACCUGCUGGAGUCGAGGCUGUUGUGGGCAAGCCCCCUUUUCUGUGAAUGGCAGUGACUGGGCUCAGGAGCGUGGAGCUGGCAACCCUGCCCAACUCCCAGGAGAAGACUGGUGGUCCCAUGUUCUGCAGUGAGCUCUGUACCUUCUGGGCAGUCUCCUGCAGCUCUGGGCAAUGCAGCUGGGAGAGGCCCAGGCUUCCCCUCCCUACUUGACCAGCCACAGUUGGGCCCAAGCUGAAGUCCACUCACAAGCAAGGCCCCAGAUUUCUGGUUACCAGACCUCUUGCUUUUGUUCUUUGAGUUUGUGAAUCUCAUGGCAAGCUGACCGUGCAGGUGCUGGGGAGUGGGAGGCUGGCCAGCAACUCCCUGCCCUCCCUCUCCUUAGGAGUGGAGGAGACAAGUUUUCUACUCUUCCGUGCUGCUGUGGAAAAGAUUAGGGUUCUUGGGGUCACUGUUCUGCUGUCCUCUGCAACCUCCUUCAGAGGCUUCUGGCACUGGACACCUGCCAGUCUGGGUCAGUAUGACCUCAGGAUGCUCCCUAGGCCAUAGGCAGAGGACCCUCAUCCUCACACCUAACUUGCAUGGGGCUUGGCCCACUACCAUCCUGUACUGCUCCCCAGCUCAGGCCCUGACCUUCUGUCGUUCACUGGCUAGCCAGCUGUGCCCACAGCACUCUACGAUAAAGGUUCUGUUUGCUUGUUUGUGAUUAGUUGGAGGGGAUGAAGCUGGAGGAAACUCACUGCUCCUCCUUGUCUUUGUAAAAAUACCACCUUCCUGGUACAAGGCUCUGGCCAGCACAUGCAAUGUAAUCUCUGUGUCUCUUGGUGGGUAGCUUCUUUUGGGAAGAAUGAAUAAGAUAAGAAUUGAUUAUUUUGCCAAGUGUAUGUGAAAAGAAACUUCCUUUUGGGUGUGUGUGUGUGAAAUCUCGUCUCUCUUGUCAUAAAGGGACGAGAGUUGAAUGUGUACCUUGGGCCUAUCUCCCUGGCAGUGCCCUGAAAAGCCCACCCUGGAAUAGCAUGGCCAUUGAAAAGGGAGAGAUGGGAUUGUUUGGAGAUGGUCCCUUGGUUCCUGGGGGGCAGUUAUAGCACUAGCUUUUUCUAAAUCUGGGUCUCCAAAUCCAACCUCCUUCCUAGAGAAACUCAGCGGCCAUCUUGGAAAAGGCCAUCAUGGACCCAAUUAUACUUUGGUUUAAAAUAGCAAGGGUGAGAUUAGCCCUGUGGCUCUAGGGUCCUGACCAAAGUAUGGCCGAUUCGAUAACAGAGAGCCAACGUUUGCUAAGUCCCUUGCUGGGCACCUUCUAGGUGACAUCUCCCAUGGCCUCCAGUACCCCCUGGAAAGAGCCAUUAAUCUCUUAUCUGUUUUCCAACUGAACGGAGACACCGUCCUCAGUUCCAAAAAGGCAGGUGAUGGCAAAAAUCCUUCCCCGUGCUGUUUUCUACAUCCUUUCUCAGCCAAGCAAUUAGUUUAUGGAGGAAAAAUACAGCCAGUUUUCUUUUGAAACGAGAACUCCAUGAAUGGAAAUUUAAUUCUUUCUGAUGCCAGUUCUUCUGGGAAGCCCAGAACUUCAGAUAUAUUUGAGUAACUCAUUCCUGGCUCCCCAGGAAAGCUAGUCUCAUCUAAUUUCUUAGUGAAAACAAUUCUCCUGUUCCCUCCAGCUGGGAGGGGCCAGCCAGGGACACUCUCUAGCUAGUCUUAGGCAUGCUAUUUGACAGUCUCAAGGGGACUGGGAUUUAAGAACCUCCAUCUUGGAGGCUGGUCUAGUCCCAAACAGGGCAUGAGUGGCACAGAAUUCAAUAAGGCACAGUGUUUGUCUUUGUAAGCUCACUGAGUACUGGGGAAAUUGAACCAAGUACAAAAGUGGUGGAUUGUACUACAUGCAAGAGAAACUCGCUCUGCCCAAGGCUUCCUAGAGGUGACGACAUCUACUCCAGCUGGGCCUCAAUAGAUAGGAAAAAAAACUCAGGCAAGGGAUCAAUACCUGCAAUGGCAAAGAGGUGUGCAAAUGCACUGGCAGAGGCAGUCCAGUGUGUGGACAGCCCAGCUGGAGCUUAGCAUGAUGGGAAGAGUGGUAGAUGAACCAGAGUCAAGGACAUAGAUUCCUACUGAGGGUACAGACAUUGCCUUAUAGGCAACAAAGGGCCAGCAGAGGUUGGGGCGACAUACUCAGCUUUGUGUUGGAAAGGGGCUUUCAAGCCAGUGGGGCUGCCUCUUUUCCUUUCAUCAGACACUGUGAUAACAUUCCCUUAACUGUGUACCUUUUAAUACUGCAUCUGUUUUGUCUGUCCACUCACUACUUUGUUGCUGGAACAAGAUAGGCAGUAGAUCAUGAGAUUGGCUUCUAUGAGAAACCCAAGGUCUCUGGCUUUACCACAGAGCAGGGUCACCAGCCCAGGACUCCAGGCCCACCAGGGACAGGACAUGAAAAGAGCCCAGGAAAGCUGCUUCUGUUGGUAUGGGCUCUGGAGCUGUCUAGAAGUCCGGGGACACCAGACUUGAUCAAGGAAGGGCUGUCACUUUGGAAGUUCAAAAAGAAAUGACUCAAAGCAAAGGCAGGCAAAGGAACCCCGUGAAUAACUUGCUCUUCUCUUUGAUGGGCCUAUUCCCGGGUGCGUUUGAGCAGAUCCCCAGGGCCCAGCCCCCACGGAUCCUGCCAGCUUCCCCUGGCUCCAGCCCACUGCCCCCAGUGGCAUUGCCCAGCCUCAUGGAACCUGAACCAUGGCAAAUCAGCCUGUUGUAUGCCAUUUGCUCCGAUCUUGGCUCAUCCAGAUGAGGUGAGGGUGGAAGGACAGCUAUUCAACACAAAUCCUGGGAUUUAUUCUGCUCAGAAAGGAGCAAAAUCACUGGCAGGUAAAAAUGACAGUGGCUUCUACCAUUUCCAGUGGUAGGAAUUUAAAUUGUGACUUCACAGAGGAGGAAACUUAGGAAGACUCAGGCCAUCAGGAGUAAUGAAAUAUGGCCCAAUAGUAACUCCCCCAGAUCAUCCCCUCAUCUUCUCACAACCCAGCUACCUUCCAAAGAAGGCAGGGAAGAGAACAGUCUUGGACCAGUGUACACAAAAGCAGAGGGAGAUGACAUUCUAAGAUCUCACCUGGAAUGUACAUGGCAGGGCUUGGGUAAGAUAGGUAAGAUAGGGCACCAGUGCCCGGGAACCUCCACUUGCAACCUUCCAAGCAGAGUAUUUUCCAUCCCACCCCAGUUACAAGAUAGACUCACUCUACUGCGAGUAGAGGAAAAUAGUGUGACAGCUCUCAGGUCCCCACCUAAGGAGUUCUCCCCCUCUGGUGUACCAAAGAGUGGCCUCACAUAGUAAAGAGCCCCCUGUGGGUCUCACUCCUUAGAUGUGAAGAUGUAGAGAAUGAUGAGAAACAAGGAGCUGUCGCCAUAUGGCAGCUGCACCCCAACACUGUCCUUUCAGCAUUUCUGGCAUGAAGGACGUGGGCUAUCCGUGGAGCUCUGGGCCUCUGGACUGCCACAGCAGGCCUCCCUGUGGGAAUGGAGGAGACCAUCUUGUUCUGAGGGCUGGCACUCUCUGCGGGGGUGGCCUGGGCAAUGUCACACCAGACCAACCUUCACAUGGACCAAGCACACCCUGCGCUAGGGACUCAGACAUGUGCGCUUGCUGAAUUCUUUCAACAUGCCUAACAAGUGCUAGUCAUUCUCAUCGUUUUACUGAUGGGCAGACUGAGGCCCUGAGAGGAGAAAUCACUUGCCCACAGUUCCACAGCUAGUAAAUGCGUGAGCCAGGGCUUAAACUGUUUUUUUCUGACCAUAGAGAGGUUAUUUUUCCACCACUCUGUCUCAGAGUUAUGCAACAGCAGAUAACACAGUGGCUCUUGAUAAAACCCAAAACAUCCAACAGUAAGCUUAAAAUUCCUUCCUAGUCCCAUGUUCUACUUUUAACAAUUCAUGCAACAUUUGCUAAUUUAUCCUGAUAAUAUUUUUUAACAACCAUGUGCACCAUCCCUGGUGUGACUUUGAUCUUCUCAAUCCACUAUGAUGAGUUCUGUGGAAUUAUAUCCCAGUCGGGGGCACAGUGGCUGGCCAUGCUGCUUCUUCCUGAGGCAGAUUUCAGACUCAAGCUCAAGACCAGCUCACUUCCUCCUAGACAGGCUCUUUGGUGUGGGAGUACCCUGACCUCACUGUUCAUGGGUUGACCUUAAGGGAGAACUUUACCAUUUGACACAGACUAUAAGAACCUGCCCAUCUUGCAUGGUGCAGGCUGAGUCCAAAAACUCCUAAAGGGAAAGGCAAAUCUGGAUAUAGCUUUGCUCAGCAGAUUCCUGAAUGCUGGGGUUUCGAGAAGGUGGUGCCUCUUGUCUAGGUGGAGUCACAUCGUUGCUCAUAGGGGCAAAUCGGAGAACACACUUCACAUGAAGGGCUGGGGUCCAGGAGACUCCUCACUUUACCUUAGCCCCCUACACUUGCUGGGUUCCUACAGUAUGCAGAUUAGUAUGACCUCAUUCACCUCUUGGUGAGGCACAGGCUUGUGAUGGGAAGAACUCAGAGUUUAGUUUGAAUCUCAGCUGUGCUAUAGAAUGUUUCUUGGCUAUAGUAUGUUGGGCCAAUCAAUGUGAAAAUAGAUUUGGAGAAGUUUAGACAGGGAAUCAGGGAGACAAGACUAGCAAAUUGGCAUCCCAUGAAUACUCAGAACCAAGAUGUGAAUGGGCUGUUGAGCAGUGUUCUCUUCUGUGACAGAGCAGGACAAUGAAUGGGGAAGGACCCACCAGAACCACUUGGAACAAGGUGCAGCUUUGGCACAAUUCUCAGUAUCUUAGAGAAAAAGAUAAUUUCCCCUCUGGCCAAUCUUGCUUGUUCAUCCUGCAAUCCUGGAUGCUUCACUAGCUCCUGCUGUAUGUUCUCACCAGGAUCCACGUAUCCUCAGCUCAGUGUGAACCCCCGUAGAGUGUGUAGAGGUUUGGGUAUAGCUAGGGUUCUGCAGCCAAGAAAAAUGUGACCCAGAGAGGAGCAGCCAGGCACCUGCCCUGUCAUCUCUGCGGCAGUGACUUCCCAACCUGACCCAGAGACACUGAGGGAAAUAAUUCCCCUGCACUUGAUUGCCUGAGGACAGAAUGGAGAAAGCCAUUCUUCCUUAGCCUACAGCCGCCCACUCAGCACCCAACUAAAUCAAGAGUAAUACUAUGGAAAAUAGAAGUGUACCCAAGGGUAAGAACGAACAGGAUUCUGAUCCUAAGCUAUCAAGUCAAUAGGUUGUACUGGCCCAGGACCCCCAAGGACAAAUAAUCAACACAAGCUGAAGAGCCUAUGAGAAGUUCAAACAGGGAAGGCCAUGUCAUCUUACAGCUUUGACUUGCCUUCCACGUCACCCAACCAUUAUAAGCUCCUUCUCAGUCUCUGACCAGCUCCAAAUCAUAGCCACAUACAACAGGGAAAUAGGAAAAGUGGAUCUACCUAGAAGACGCCAGCUGUGAUACAGCCUUGUUCAUAUACUUUCAUUGAAGGGUUCCCUGUAGGAGAUUUUCCAGGUAUAUAUACCUAGAAGUCAAGAAAUGUGAGGCUUUGGUUUCCCCCACCUUUUAGGUCAUAUACAGCAGAGAGAGGGGUCAGUGCUGAAGUGUGCUGUGGGGGGCAGAGGCUGUUCUACCUGCAGUUUCCUUUGACACACAUUUCAGGGUCAUGAACAUUGUCCUCAGAAGAAUAGCAGAGAUGUCUAAGCCAUAUUUGAAUACACGAGGAAGUUUCUUCCAGUAUCCUGGUAACCAGGGCUAGACUUCUGCAUAGUGCUGAUUGUACAACUGUCUUAAAGAUGAAUACCAUCUCUUGCAUGCUCCCUGACCACCUCCAGAAGAGAUGGGCAAAGGUAAUCUAAGGAGCCACACAAACCCCCUAUAAUCCACCCUUGAAUGUUUUGUCUCCAAGAGGAAGGAUCAGCACCCACAAUGGCAGCCCAAGGCCUGGCAGCCCAGCCAUUGAAGAUCUUGAUGGUGGCCCAUUGGGGCUGAUAGAAGGAAUGUGGGAGGACUUGGUGUGGCAGAGGAUCCAAUAGGAAAAGCUUUGGGGGCUGUAUCACCAUGAAGCUUCCUUCCACUGUUCUGAGUGGAGGGAUAUAGACCUGAUCCUUGGUUGGAAUUUUCAAAUAAUGAAGGCCUUGGGGCCUUGGAUUGUUGGAUAGGAAAGUAUUGGUCUGAAAUCCUAAAGUUUGGGACAAUUCAUGGCUCCUUAGUGAGUGGGACUUUGUGAAAUAAUGGUAGCGAGAAGUAACCUACCCAGAUUGCAAAAUUGAGUCACUGCACGAGAGUGUCAAUGCCUUUGGGCUUGUGAAUACAAAUCAGUGGGCUUCCUAUGUGAUGGUCUAACAAACUCUCAAUGCCUACCCUGCCCUUGUGGCUUGCCUUUGGAAGAUUAAUGAUGUAAGGUGUUCUUUGAGUCAAAGUCCCCAGGGCAGUCUGGAGGUUUAGAGGCAGAGUGGUGUCAUCCUAGGUAAACAGGUUUCUGCAAAGUCAAGUAGAAUAUUAGGGCCAAUAUCCUCCAUACAACUGCAGAUUGAACAAAGCCAAGCACAGUUGCUAGCCCCAGGUCACUCCUGUGAGGGGAACCAGAACCAACGAGUGAAACGCUGUAUUCGUAAGGAAGAGUUUGCUGACUGCCAGAGAGGAUAAGCUGCCCAUCUCAGGAGCUCUGCAGCAGAAGCCAAGUGUCUCUUUAAAGGGAAGAAAGAGCACUGAUGAGAUGGCCCUUUAUCUUGCUUCUUCCCUACAUAGGCGAUAUCUCAUGCAGCUGGGAUCAUGUUUGAACUCAUUCAUAUCUGUAGAGCACAAAGCCAAGCAUAGUAUUUGCAUUGUUCAAGAUGAAACUUCCUGCUCUCCUGACCAAGCCUCCCCACCACACAGGCCAAGAUGCUGCUCUGGGCUCAUCCAGGCUGAAAUGCAUCAACAGCAAGCCCAAGAGAACAGCUGCUUUGCCAUAGACUGGCUGUCUACUAGAAUCUGAUGGGAGUAGACAUGGCCUAACCCACUGGCCGACAAGGCCAUCAGUGGCAUUCAGAAACAAUAAAGGUCCCAGCAGGGCUUGGAACAGAAACACAUCGCUAGAAGUUAACUAUCCCAACUCCCCAAAUCAAAGCCUGUUGGAGGAGAUUUUAAAAGUAAAAGCACAGUGACUCAGUUGACAUGCCAUUAUCAUGAUUUCCAGUGCACAGAUUGUUCUUUCCAGGUGGCUCUUUGGCUAGCCCAGAUUAACCCAAGCAAAUCUCUAUUAGAUAUCAGAUUCAAAAGCUCUUGUCCACCUUCUCUUUACACCCUAUUUCCUAUUAGCAAAUCAAAGGCAAAGAGUCGGGGCCUCUAUCAUUGCCUUGGCUAUGGAACACCCUCAUAGCUCUCCAAGGGCUAUCAUGAGGUCCCCACUCAACUCCAGCGAGGCUGACAUUUUAAUAUCCACUGGGCACAGUGUACUGCAUGAGACCAAAGUCUCCAUAUAGUUUUCAGCCUCCUCCACCAAUCCCAACAGCCUGCACGUGUAUAGUUUGGGUGUUUGAUAGAUAAAGCACGUACGAGAAGAGAAAACAAGUGAAGUCUUUGAAAAGCCAGCACUGUGCUGUCAAUGCUCUUUUCUUUCCUUUUCCUUUCCAAUUCUAGCUUAAAAAAAGCAGAAAGUAAAUAAUGUCAGGUCAAUGAAUAUCAGAUAUAUUUUUUGACUGUACAUUACAGUGAAGUGUAAUCUUUUUACACCUGCAAGUCCAUCUUAUUUAUUCUUGUAAAUGUUCCCUGACAAUGUUUGUAAUAUGGCUGUGUUGAAAAUCUAUACAAUAAAGCUGUGACCCUGAGA